AUGGCGCCUUACGUUCAGGAAUCCGCUACCAUUGAUCCCACUAUGACGAAAAUUGAAUCUAAGAGCGCGGUGCUUAAUCAUGACAAAGUGGUCAAGCCUGUUGCAGAUGACUUCAUGUACGACUUCAAAUACAACCACAAUCUUCCCACCACCGAUGUCUUAGGCAUUGAGAUUCCCGUUGAUUGCGAUGCUCAGAAGGAGGCCGAGGGCAUUGUAGCUCGUCUCUCUUCCGCCACUUCAGAAGAAAACGAACAGGCUUUCGCUGAUCUAUUCCUCGAUUAUGGCGUGUGGCGUGACAAACUCUCAUUCACUUGGGAUUUCCGUACAUUUAAUUUCAAAGAAGCGAUUCUCAAAGCUGCUAGCGAUCUUUUGCCUCAGACGAAAGCUAGAAACUUCAACUUCCUCGAGCCUGCGCCUUCCAUAUCUCGACCUUACCCCGACUACUCCCAAUUACAAUUUGUUGUAUCCUUUGAGACGGAGGUCGUUGUUGCUUCAGCUGUCAUCAAUGCGGUCCUUACUAAGGAUGGUUGGAAAAUAUACACAAUGCAUACGGUUGCCGAGAAGUUGAAGCAGUUCCCUGAGAAAUCCGCCCAAGAUGGACAUAUGACCGGUAUAACUAGCUGGGAGAGCCAGCGAUCCGAAACCAUCAACAAUGUUGACCCUGAGGUUUUGAUCAUCGGUGGUGGCCAAAAUGGUCUUGCUAUGGCAGCACGACUAAAGGUCCUCGGCAUGGACAACCUGAUUAUCGAGCGUAUGGAUGAAGUCGGAGAUAUCUGGAAGAAGCGUUACGAGUAUCUUUCAUUGCACUUCCCACAUUGGCCUGAUGCCUUGCCAUACUUCAAAUACCCCGAACACUGGCCCACAUAUACCCCAGCUCAAAAGCAAGGCCUAUAUAUGCAUUGGUAUGCCUCAGCUCUGGAGCUCAAUGUUUGGACCAAAUCGUCAGUUGUGAAAGCCGAUCAAGAUGCCGAGGGUAAUUGGACCGUUGUAGUCGACAAAGAGGGCAAAGAGACUCGCACACUGCACCCCAAGCAUGUUAUUAUGGCUACAUCUCUUUGCGGUGUUCCUUCCGUCCCAGCUGUGCCUGGAAUGGCUGACUUCCGCGGUAUAAUUCGUCAUUCCAGCGCACACCGGAGCGCCCGUGACUUUGUCGGAAAGAAGGUCUGCGUUGUUGGUACCUCAUCCUCUGGAUUUGACACUGCUUAUGAGUGUGCGCGCCUUGGAAUCGAUGUGACUCUCCUCCAGCGAUCACCAACUUACGUCAUGUCCUUGACUCACUCUGUUCCUCGCAUGCUUGGAAUCUAUGCGCCAGAUAAGGAUGGUAACUUCCCCGAUACUGAAGUACAAGAUCGAAUCAACUUCUCCACCCCAGUUGGACCCGGCGAAGAGCUCGCUAAGCGCACCGCCAAGGUCCUCGAGGACCUCGAUAGACCUCUUCUAGAAGCUCUUAACGCUCGAGGUCUGCGAACAUGGCGCGGUCAACGCGAUACUGGAAACUCCACUCUGGGUCAGACCCGCAACGGUGGAUUCUACUUUGAUGCUGGAGCAUGCGAAGAAAUUAUCAACGGUAAUAUCAAAGUAGAGCCAGGUUUUAUUGAGAAGUUCACAGAAGACAAGGUGAUCUUGAGUGGUGGCCGUGAGAAGGACUUUGACCUUGUCGUCUUUGCUACAGGUUUUUCCAACACAAUUGACUCUAUUCGAGCCACUCUUGGCGAUAAGAUUGCCAACAAAUGCGGGCCUAUUUGGGGUAUUGAUGAUGAGGGCGAGUACAAGACAGCCUAUCGAGAGACAGGAGUGCCAAACAUGUGGAUCAUGGUUGGCUUUCUUCCAAUGACCCGUUAUGCCUCUAAAUUAUUGGCCUUGCGGCUGAAAGCGCUAAAGGAGGGCGUUUCCCCACCUCCUUACAAAGUUUAG